AACAUCUAAACAUUACGCUUGUAUAAAGAUUAUUAGAAUAUUAUUUAAUAUUCUUGUUAUCUAAUAUUCGUGUAUUAUUAUUAAAAUAAAAUAUUCUAUAGUGUAUAUUAUUUAAGACAGUAAGAAAAAAUAAAAAGUACUUUACGCAACUCUAUUAAGAAUUUAUUGAAUACCAUAAAAUAUAAAAAGACUAAUAUUAGUAUGUAUUUAAUGAAAAGUGAUUAAACUUAGUUUGAAAUUCAUUUACGCUUUUAUGGAAGAUUUUAAUCAAGAAUUGGCAGCCCCGUAUACAAACAUAUCAUAAGGCAAAAUUAUAUAUUUUUUAAAUUAUUUUUUCUUCUUAUGUUGAAAUCUAUUUAAUCUAAUCUAAAAUGGUAAAAACAACGUUUUAAAUUAUGUAGGUCAUAAUUAAGGAAUUAACAAAAAUCAAUUCAAGAAAACUUGAAUUGAUUUCGCGACUUAAUAUAUUUGGUUUUAUUUGAUCUGUCAAUCUUAAAAUUAUUUCAUAUAAGUAUUCACUAAUUAAAAUACUCAUUGCAAUAUCUAAUUAAAUUAAAACAUGUUUACAUAAUUUUGAUAAAUAAAUAUUCUAACUUCUGGAUUGAUUAGUAUGUUCUACAGUCUUUCCGGUUAGUAAGAAUGGCCAAUAGACAGAAUAUAAAGUGAGUGAACGAAUGAGUUGUUGCAUUGUUGGUUGUUCAUAUUAAAAAUAAAAAUCGGUGGCAAAGACUAGUAUAUCGUUUGUCUGUGCUUGCUUGAGUUUUAUCGUUCGUGAAGCAAUUGAUCGUGAACGAAACGAGUGAGUGGGGUUUAGUUGAUUUCUGUUCAUGAAAUUACGAAUACGACCUAUGGUUUUAUUUUCGUGUGUGCAGUGAAGUGAUUUGCCGGAUAAUCAAUAAACUCUGUUGUAAAUAAAAACCUGUAUCGCCUUAACCUACUAUCUAGUGCUUCUGAAAGUGUACUGAUAAAAUAAAAAUUCAAAAAGAGCAAUAUAAUGUUGAAAAAACAUGGACUAAUGUGAUGUUUAUUACUAUCACGAUUCUAAAAUUUUAGGGGCCAUUUACACAUGGCGAGAAGUCACGUAGACUCCCUAUGUUGAUAAAAUGCGCGUUGUUCGUACUUUCUUCUAAAACAAAUCCCUGACGUUUAUUUUUUGAAUAGUUCGCGGUAAACAAUGGAUAUAAAAAAUAUUCAGAAAAAUGCCAUGCAGAAAAGUGCAGAGUUUACUUUCACUCCACCUCCAGAGGCUCCAGUAUUCGAACCCACACCCGAAGAAUUUUUGGAUCCAUUGGGAUAUAUUGCAAAAAUCCGUCCAGUUGCUGAAAAAACUGGCAUAUGUAAAAUAAAACCACCUGCGCGAUGGCAGCCACCAUUUUCAUUAGAUGUGGAUAAAUUGAAAUUCGUCCCACGAAUACAAAAAGUAAACGAAUUGGAAGCUAUAACGCGUCUGAAGCUUUUAUUCUUAGAAAAGAUAUUAAAGUUUUGGGAUCUUCAAGGUUCUCCAUUAAAAAUACCUAUGAUUGAAAAUAAAACUUUAGAUUUAUAUUGUUUGAAGUUUUGGGUGGAUGAGGAGGGAGGCUUUGAGACUUGUAAUAAUCCGAAAAAAUGGCGUAAGAUCGCUAAUGCUAUGGGAUAUAGUCAAAGUACCAACACACUAAAUUUUCUCAGGAGCAAUUAUGAGAAAAUUUUGCUUCCUUAUGAAAUAUUUGAACAAAGUAAAGCUGAUAUUUUGAAAACUGUUAAAAAGGCUGAAACCAAAAUUGAUUGUAAAGAUGGAGAUGGAAAACCUAACUUCAAAGAAAUAUGCAUAGAAUCUAUAACAAAAAUAAAAAAUGAAAAUGAUGAUUUUGAUAAACCUCACACCAGUAUUAAAAAAGCUAAAACAGGCUCAGAUAUCAAGCAAGAUGACUGUAAUAAAUCAAAGAUUGACUCUGAGGAAACAAAACGAAAUAGAGAAUUAAGGAGACUAGCUUGUUAUGGACCAGGACCAAAAAUGCCAGGACUAAAUGAUGAAGAGUUUGAUAUUACAAAGUCAAGGAAAAGACCAAGAUACGACUUGGACCCCCUAGCAAUCUAUGUUUGUGCUAUUUGCCAGAAAGAUAAUAGAGAUGACCUACUUUUAAUCUGUAAUGGCUGCUCUGAUACCUAUCAUACUUUUUGUCUUAAACCUCCUUUGAAUUCAGUACCUGAUGGUGAUUGGCGUUGUCCAUGUUGUAUAGCAGAAGAAGUGCACAAGCCAGCUGAAGCAUUUGGAUUUGCUCAAGCAGAGAGAGAGUAUACUCUUCAACAAUUUGGUGAAAUGGCUGAUAAAUUUAAAUCAGACUACUUUGGUAUGUCUGGACACUUAGUGCCAACUAAUGUUGCAGAGAAAGAGUUCUGGAGAAUCAUAUCAUCUGUAGAAGAAGAUGUAACAGUAGAGUAUGGAGCAGAUCUUCACUCAAUGGAUCACGGUUCAGGUUUUCCUACUAAGUCAUCAAUAAAUUUGUAUCCAGGUGAUCAAGAGUAUGUUGAUUCUGGAUGGAAUUUAAAUAACUUGCCUGUCCUAGAAGGUUCCGUGUUACGUUUUAUUAAUGCUGACAUCUCUGGUAUGACAGUCCCAUGGAUGUAUGUGGGUAUGUGUUUUUCAGCAUUUUGUUGGCAUAAUGAAGACCAUUGGAGCUAUUCUAUUAAUUACUUACAUUGGGGUGAGGCUAAAACUUGGUAUGGAGUUCCAGGAAAUGGUGCUGAAUUACUUGAAAAUGCUAUGAAAGCUGCAGCCCCAGAUUUAUUUAAGUCUCAACCAGAUUUACUGCAUCAAUUAGUUACAAUUAUGAAUCCUAAUAUCCUAAUGGCAGCAGGAGUGCCAAUAUAUAGAACCGACCAAAAUGCUGGUGAAUUUGUCGUUACAUUUCCUCGAGCAUAUCAUGCUGGUUUCAAUCAAGGGUAUAAUUUUGCAGAAGCUGUUAAUUUUGCUCCACCAGAUUGGCUUCAUAUUGGCCGUGAGUGUAUAUCUCACUAUAAAAAUUUGAAGCGUUUCUGCGUUUUCUCUCAUGAUGAGUUGAUUUGUAAAAUGGCACUAGAAGGUGACAGACUUGAUUUGGAAACAGCUUUAGAAACACAAAAAGAAUUAGUCCAUGCAACUGAAGAAGAGGGUGCUUUGAGAGCAGCAAUAGCUAAGAAAGGAUUACAAAAUGUUUGUAGAACUGCAUUUGAGUUACUAGGCGACGAUGAACGUCUCUGUGAAGUGUGUAAAACCACAUGUUUUCUCUCAUCUGUAUCUUGUGCUGAUUGUAAACACAUGGCAUGCUUACUGCAUGCAAAUGAGUUUUGUCAGUGUCCCAUUGGUAAGAAAACCUUGAAUUACCGUUAUGAUAUGGAUGAAUUGCACAUUAUGUUACAGACUAUUGACUUCAGAGUUAAUAGUUUUGACAAAUGGAUGACACAAACGAAAAAUAUACUUCUUCCUACGGCACCUGAUAUUGGCAGACUUCAGAAACUAAAAGUUUUGAUAGAUGAAGCAGAUGAACUUAAGAUACCAAAAUGUACUUUGUUAUCACAGCUAAAAAAUGAGUAUAUGAAAGCUACUGAAAAUGUAGAGCCAAUUGUUAUAGAAUUAGAUGAUGAUUGAACAUUGUCUUUGCAAGUGUAGUACAAAAUAAUUUCACUAAUAAUUAUUAGCAAAUAAGUAAUGAAUUGAUUAUAAAUAUUGAUUUCUUUCCACCACUUUUAGGCAGCACAGAUAGAUAAGUUUGCAAAAAAUUAUAUUUUAUGUUGAUAAUUUUCAACCAUAACAACCAAAUAUGUUUUUUAUUCACUGAAAUAAUAUCUUUUUAAAAUAUUAGCUUUGUUAUGGCACCUAAUAUAAGUUUGAUUAAUUUUCUAUGUCUGUAUGAUUGAGUGUUACAAGAUCAAUAGCUUUAGUGUAAAUAUUUGGUGUUAUUGUUAGUAAAUUAUUGUGAAAAUUUGAAACUGAAGUCAGUGAGCGAAUGUAUAAUUUUUUUAUUACCUAUUCAUGUGAAUUCCUUACAUUUUGUUAUGUUUAAGUAAGAUAAAGGUAUGAUUACAUCCCACUGUAUCAAAAUAAAAAUUAAAGCUGGUUGUAGGUAUAAAUUGUAUUCCUUUGAUCAGGCAGAAUAUAUGAUAAGAAAUUAAUCAUAUUAAUAUUUUUUUAUAAAUUUGAUACACAAUAAUAUUGUACCCAUUGUGUGUUGUAAUGGUUAGAAAUAAAGUAAGUUAGCCUAUAAGCAUUUUUCUUAUAUUAAUGUCAUUCAAAAUCACAUUACAUUAGUUUGAUAAUUCAUAGACAUGUUCAAGAAAUACAAAAUUAAAUUUAUACUAAUAUAGUGUAUAUGUUUGAAUAGAAAAUCUUUAAUAAUUUUUAUUUUUUAUAUGAUCUCAAGUCUCAUCAUACUAAUUUAUUGAUAUCUGCUGUCAUGGUACCUAUCAUGUACUAACCAUAGGUAUAUUCUAUGGCAUUAACUGACUGGUCUAAUAUCACAGUCGAUUAACUUACUGUAUAGAAUUUGAAAACAUCUUUUUAAUUUUUUUUGUGUAUGAGGGAUGUUGUGAAAUAUAACAUUGUCAUAUGCUUUGGGUCUAGCUUAGUUGUAAUUUGAAUGGUAAAAUAUUCUAUCCAAGGGACCCAUCUUAUACAUAGAGACACGGAUAUAGGUAUCUAUGCACAUCAUAUUACAACUAAGUUUCUAUAAAACAUGUCUCAAAUCAACUAAAUAUUUUAGUUGCUAACGAACAGGCAACAUGAACAACGACGAUAACUUACUUGUUCUGGCGACUUACGUCUACGCAAUAAAAGAUAAUUUUAUUAGGUAUUUAAAAGUUCAUAAUGCAGUAAAUUCCAGAAUCCAAAUAUUGGAUCAUAAAAGCCGGGCGCGUCUCAUCCUAUUCCUUUAUUUGUUAUCAUAUUCGGUUAGGCGGUGUUUCUUAUUGGACACAAUAACAGAUACCUAGGAUUCAUAGUUCCGAGAUUACAUCUUGCUUGGUACAUGAUAAUCAUCGCAGGGCUCGGCCAUCUUGGGUAACGAAAAACUGCAAGAACAUAAUCCAGAAUUGGACACUUAGAUAAUAACAAAAAGGGAUGUUAAGUGAAGAAAAUAAAACAAAGCUAAUGUUUUCACAUAAGCUUAUUUGUCAUUCGCCAUUAGAAUAGUCUCAUUCUCAGCCAGUUGCACGAACGUCCAUUAAAUUUUCAUUAAUUAGAAGUAAAUUACCCAUAAUAAUUAUUAAAUAUUCAUUAGACCUUAAAGGCGUCAUUAAACCUACAUGGACAUUUGUGCAACAGACCGUAUGCCAUAUUCAGAAAAGCUAGUAAGUAAAAUAAUAUCGAUUAAAUAUGUUAAUUCACUAAAAAAACUUUUUGUAGUCUUUAGCACGAUAUUUUCAUGCCAAUAUUAAAGUUAAAUAAAGUCAGUGCCGCAGUUACGCAGAAAAAGGCAUUGGGGACACCUAGACCGUUACGAGUACAGAUGCGAUCUUUGAAUCAGGAAGUCUUACAUCCGCAGAUGUGGAUGCAAAUGCGAGAGCCUCUUUAAACUUUGUAAUUGGUGCAAAAAUAAAAUAAGAAAUAACUUUUUGGAAAUUACGUUCCGCAUCUAUAUCUCCAUGCGCAUCAAUAUCCGCAUCUGCAAUAGUAACGAGUUUUCUUGUCAAUCUCAUCGCUUUGUCCCAAUCCCUUUGCUAACGUAUAUUUUAGGUGUUUAAGUGAGGUCAUAUUUUGAGUUCAUUGAUUCAUUAAUCUAAAAAGUAGGUCUUCUUAGAAUAUUUCCCUUUUUGUUUUUAAAUAAGUUUGGAAAGUAAACAUAAUAUAGAGAUUAUUAAAAAUAUAUUUACGUAAGGCAGGAUUAUUGAGGGAGGCUAAAAGUUUGAUCAAAAUGGUGGUUUCCCGCGCAGGUUCUGGUAAUUUCGUUAUUAUGGUUAGGCCCACGUCUCACCCCCGCACAUCGAUCGAGACCCGAAAAUGUGCAGUCUUACUGCAGUCAAAUGCGCAGUCGCCAUUUUAGUUUAACUUAUAGCAUCACGAACUCAAGAAAUAUUUUUGUACCAUACACACUAUAGUUCAUCAAUGUGAUUUCGAAGUCGCAUAGACGAUUUUCCAAUAUAACGAAAAAGAAAACAAACCAGAGCAUUGUCUAAUCUAACUACUUCCUUAAUUUUAAAUGGAUCAUAAUGAACAUCAUCAGUUUUGUCAGUAUUCGUGACACGUCGAUAAGCAUGUCGUAAUUUUACAUUCUUUAAAUUAAGUAGGUAUUAGAUAUUAUGUAUGUAUAUGAUGUAAUGAUAAAUUUAUUUUUGUUUAAAAGUUGGAUUUUUUUAAAUGAUGACGAAGAAAUUUUACUUUUAAUAUCAGGAAUACUGGCUAUGAAUGUAAAUAAUUUUGCGCUUUAGAAUAAUUUCAGACGCCUAUUAUGAAGAAUUUAGCUAUUAAACAUUUUAAUAUUUUCAACUACGAUUUCUUCCACAUUUUGCAUUGAUAUUUAACUCAAAUUAUAGUAUUAAUGCCAUUAUUUUGACUGAUUGUGUUUCUAGGUUAAGAAAGUAUUGAAGAAGCUUGUAUUAAUUUGUUAAGCGUGAGUUGCACUGUGAUUAUAAUAAUUUAGUUCUAUAUUUUGUGAAGUAUGAAGACAAAACUAUUAAAAUGAAAUGAUUAGAACUUUAAAAAAUUCGCGUUAAUGAAUAAUUAAAAACUUAGUCAUUAUCU